GCGAGUUGCACCCAACAACCCCAAAACCGCCCAAUUUCACGCGAACGUCGCCAUCAACGACCGCCAGGAUUAACCCGAGAGCGAAAACUUAAUCGCCUGGUAGAACUACACCCGAUUUUUUCCUCCAGGGCACUUCUACCAACCGCACAAAAUUCCUAUAAAAAUCGCCCGUCUAAACAUAACCUCAAAAUGUGCGAGCCACGGAGGCCCCAAUUCGGCAACAGAUUCCUGACGGACGAAAGCAAUGUUUUCGAGCAUAAUGCGUGGUAUGAAAAUUUUACCCACCCGCGGGUGCCACACUCGCGGUCGCAAGAAACCCAAAUACGGCACCCGAUUCUUACUCGACAAAAGCAAAAUUUUUGAUUUCAAUGCUUGGGACGACGUCGAGUGGGACGAGGAGCAUGAAACCCAAGCCCGCAAGAAAGUCGAGGAGAAUAGUGAGGUUAAGUUGGAACGCGACGUGAUCGAGAAAUUUGAAAACGAAGCGGACAAGUACUGGGACGCGUUCUACGACAUUCACACCAACAGGUUUUUUAAAGACAGGCAUUGGUUGUUCACCGAGUUUCCGGAGCUGUCGGUGGGUGAGAAUGAAGCCAAGAGGAUAUUUGAGGUUGGGUGUGGUGUAGGGAACACCAUUUGUCCGAUCCUACAGAACUCAAAAAGCCCGAACUUGUACGUCUACGGGGGCGACUUUUCCCCAAAAGCCAUAGACAUUCUUAAAGAAGCGCCUGAGUUUGACCCAAAUAGGUGUAGUGUUUUUGUAUUGGAUGCAACUCAAGAGACGUGGGAGGUUCCACUUGAAGAAAACAGUAUAGACAUUAUUGUUUUAAUAUUUGUCUUGUCUGCAAUAAACCCGUUAAAGUUUAAUAACGUAAUUCAAAAUAUGUACAAAUAUUUGAAACCUGGGGGCUUAGUUUUAUUCAGAGACUAUGGACGCUAUGAUAUGGCGCAACUGCGAUUUAAACCUGGGCGCUCCUUAGGGGAAAAUUUCUACGUGCGAGGGGAUGGCACCAGGGUAUAUUUUUUUACUCAAGACGAAGUUAAACAAUUAUUUGAGAGACACGGUUUCAACGAGGAAGAAAACCGGGCCGACAGACGCUUGCAAGUGAACAGGGGGCGGCUGCUCAAGAUGUACAGAGUCUGGAUUCAAGCAAAAUAUCGAAAAACUUAAAUUGACAAAUAUAUUAAUCUUUUGUAAACUUUUAAAAAUUACAUAAUUGUAUUAUGUCUAAUAGAUUAUAUGUUUUUCAGUUACGUGAUUAAAUGAAAAAUAUACAUGAAAAAGUAA